GAAGUGGUUUCACUGUGUUUUCCUCCUUGCUUGCUUGCUUUCUGUUGCUUCAGGCAAAAUGAGAUUUGUAGCCUUCAGAAACAUAACUGUUUCAUGUUUCCCAUUUUAUUUUUAAAAGUUACAGUUGGGUGUUGCUACAGCGGAUAAGAAGCUGAUGUACAACAAGCCGUAGAUUGACAUAUUCAUCAUGCAGCCGUUAGCAUCUUCUGAUCCUGGUGCUGGAAAGCUGCAUCCUUCCCACGAAAACAUAGCUGCUGUUCCGAUGAGGAUAAAGACUGCCAACAGCCCCCAUGACAGGCACAGCCAAAGUAAAUCGAUGAUACUGUCUGAUAAUCUGAAAGUCAUUGAACCUAUAUCCCGUCACAGAAGGAAUCAUUCCCAACAUAAUUUAACACUUCCUGAGUUCAUUAGCCCACUGGAGCAAACGAUAAUUAAAGAAGGAUGUCUUCUAAAAGCAAAAAUUGCAGAUGGAGGCAAGAAGCUAAGGAAAACCUGGGCUACUUCUUGGCUCGUUCUCACGGGUCGGAAAAUAGAAUUUUACAAAGAAUCCAAACAGCCAGCUGUGGCCAAUCUGAAACCGGGGUACAAACCUGAAUGGGUGGAUCUGUGUGGAGCUCACAUUGAAUGGACUACAGAGAAAUCUAGCAAAAAGAAUGUCUUCCAGAUCACAACAGUAUCAGGAAAUGAGAUACUUCUUCAAUCAGAUAUUGACUUUGUCAUUUUAGAAUGGUUCCAUGCUAUCAAAAAUGCAAUUGAGAGAUUGCCAAAAGACAAAAGUAACAUGUCAAGGAACAAGAUUGCAAGAUCCUCUAGUUCUGAAUUAUUGAACAGUUUUGACACUGAUUCUAAGGAACCAAAAGCAGAAAACAGAAGGUCUUUAAAUCAAGUAUUUGGUUCCCAUUUGCACAAAGUGUGUGAACGUGAAGGCUCCACAGUUCCUCAAUUUGUUAAAAUGUGCAUAAAUGUGGUUGAAAAACGAGGUUUGGAUGUUGAUGGAAUAUACAGAGUCAGCGGCAAUCUGGCAACGAUACAGAAGUUACGAUUUUUUGUCAAUCAGGAAGAGAAGCUGAAUUUGGACGACAGCCAGUGGGAGGACAUCCACGUUGUCACCGGAGCACUCAAGAUGUUUUUCAGAGAGCUGCCUGAGCCACUGUUCCCCUACUGCUUCUUUGAACAGUUUGUGGAAGCAAUAAAAAUCCAAGACAAUAACAACAAAGUGAAAUGUAUAAAGGACCUUGUACAGAAGCUCCCAAGACCAAACUAUGACACCAUGAAAAUACUAUUUGAACAUCUACAAAAGAUAGCGGCAAAGGAGAACCUGAAUCUGAUGACGCCACAGAGUUUAGGAAUUGUCUUUGGACCCACCCUCCUUCGACCUGAAAAAGAGACUGGAUCUAUGGCAGUCUACAUGGUUUAUCAAAACCAGCUGGUUGAGCUAAUGCUGAGCAAAUGCUCCUCGAUCUUCAGUUCUGAGAAAGACUGACAGACUAGGAAUGUUAUGGAAUAUACUCACAUCUGUCUUGAGAUCUAAUAUUUUUACAUUUCUGUAAACAUCUUUCUGAAAUAUUUCUUUUUCCUUCUAGUGACAGAUGCCUCAUUUUGUGAAAACCUAAUGACAUUUUUGUCUUUACAUUUCCAAACAUUGGAGUAAAAAUAUACUGUCAACAUUUGCUUAUAUGUACUCAGGAUUAACCCUUUCCGUGAGUCAUUCUCAGCACAUUCUCCCAAGCUUUGUCGGUUUGUAUUCCUUAUUUUACAGCUGGGAUUUGACAGUAUGGCCAAAUUCAGAUGAAAUAUUGCUUAGAGGCAUAUGCAGGGGUGCUCCCAGGCAAGCAGGGUUGAAGGUUAAUGGAUUUAAAUGGGGGUUUGGAACAAUUAAACUGGUACUGAUAAUAGUCUAUCACUUAAAAUGUGAUUUUUAAUGUAUAUACCUGCUCUUGUCUUGGAAAUGAUCAGAACCCACAGAAGAGUAAUUUCUCCUUGAGGGAAAGUCAAAGGAUCAAAUCUUGCCACUGAUUUUCAUGCUACUUUCCAAAAACAGGGACAGAAAUGUUGUAAAGUUUCUGUUUUAAAACAUAAAUAUGAAAUUAACUGCUGAACCUCAUCUUUAAUGAAGCCACAGCAUUGCAACAAUUGUCCAAAUGCUCAUAUUAAAUACAAAAUCCGUUUUGACUCUCCAUCACUCUAUGUAACUUUGCUCUUUCCCUAUCUAUGUCAUGUUUGGGAGAAUUCUAUAUUAUGUUCUCAAAGAUGCUUUAUUGGUGAACGGCAUUAAAUUCAUCUAGAAAGAACUUUUUCUAAAAGCCUUUUCAUAUGCCCUUAGGAUUACUUGGCUAGACUUGAAUCAAUUUAUACAUUUGAUGGUUAGUUUCAGUUGUCAUGGAUAAACAAAAGGGUAACUGUCUAGAAUAUAUCAAAUAUUGUUUUAUUCUGAAAUGUAUGUUUCCAGCUAUACAUAUCCGCUACUCUGUUUUGUAAAAGUAUUCCACUGAUAAAAUGUAGACUUAUGUUUGACAGCUUUUUAAUCAAGUUCAAAGAGAAUAAAUAAAACUAAUCCAGU